GCCCUUCUCUCUUAUUCCGCUUCCACUCCGCUUCCUCUUCUCUUGCUCGUUCUCCUCUUUAAGAAUUCAACCCUCUUCCACUUCCUCUCUUUCUUCGUCCCGUCCCCACCACCGUCGGAUGGCUCAUCUCUCCGCACCCUUUCUCACCACGCCCGCCUCCUCCGCUCUGCACCCUCACCACGCCUGCACCUCUCUCCAAGCCCGUUACCACCAGCCCAACUCUCUGCAGAGGGCGUAGUCGCACAGCAGCUCCCGCCUUGUAACCGAACAUCUGCACCGCUGGACCCUUUGUUGCCUCUGCAGCCAAUCGGUCGUCGUCGUUCGCCUUCGCCGAUCCCCAAUAACCUUUUGAUCGUCAACGUCCUCGACAGCCAUGCCAGCCCUGGUAACCAGUCCCCCGGCUCCCACUUCGCUACAUCCCGAAUCUUCUUCCUCGCAAAACACCUCGAAUCUCGUCCGCAGAGAAUCUCGCCUGGUCGAGUAUCAAACCCCCAUUGCCGAGGAGGAUGAAAGCACCGAGACUGCUAGUGAGCCCGCCGAGCCCGUUACCCCCACCAGUCACAAUGGCGAUAACAUCACCUUCACCCACCCUUUCCGCGACGAAUCCCAAGACACUGUAUUGGUCAAGUCCGAUCCCGCCACGCCCAAGGAACCCUUAAAAUCCAGCCCACCCGCCUCUGCCGUUCCUGCACCUGCACCCGCUCCUGCUUCUCUGGUCCGCACUCGCUCCGACAAGAUGGAGUCUGAGCAGCCUCCCUCCCCCACAGACAAGGCCCCCCGUCUCCAUAAGCGUGCUGCCUCCUUCAUGCGCUCUAAGCUGCAUCGAAGCAGCUCCCACAAAGAUGGUCCUAAUGCAAAAAAUGAGCAGCCAAAAGUCGAGAAGCCAAAGGACGAAAAACCAAAGCCGGCGCCGGUCGAAAAGAUGGCAACCGAAAAAUCCAUAGUCAAGACGGGCGUGGAUGGACCUGCGGAACUCGCUACCCCUGCCGUUAACAUCCCCAAGUAUCGCCGGCUUAGUUCCUUCUCCUUGUCGGCUCGCAACUCCCCCAAAUCGUCCAUGGCCAACUCACCACCCUCGCCAGCUUCUCCUACCAGUACCAUUUCAGGUGAGCACGAUACUACAGAACCCAAGCCCAAGGCAGGACGGAAGCAUUCGUCUUCGUCCACUGCGCUCUCUUCCAUGAACAAACGCCCCGGGAUUGCUUGGGCGAACAGCGCCAAGCCCGGGAAGAGGGCUUCCUGGGCACGGAGGCGGUCGGCAAGCCAGGAACAGGUCCCGCGAUUGGAUGAUGAUGAUGACGAGCAGCCUACGGCUGGUAUGCUCGCCACAUUUUCGAAGCCUGCAGCAACGGGAGUCGGAAUGAAAGCUCGCCGUCUCAGUCUUAGUCUGCCUGACGAAUUUGUCGUUGAUUGCUGCGAACUGGAAAAGGAAUACAAGAGUUCAAGCUUGAUGCCCGGAAAGCGUGGUAAAUGUCUCGGCAAGGGAGCUACCGCUGAAGUCCGCAUCAUGGCUCGCAAGGGUUUCAACAGUGAAGAGCUGGUUGCAGUCAAAGAAUUCCGCUCCCGCGACAAAGCCGAAUCCGAGGAAGAGUACAUUCAGAAGAUCAAGUCGGAGUUCUGCAUCGCAAAGAGCUUACACCACCCGAAUAUCGUGGAAACGCUGCGCUUGUGCACCAACCAUGGCAGGUGGAAUCACGUCAUGGAGUUUUGUGCCCAUGGUGAACUCUUCUCUUUGGUCGAACGCAAACUAUUCGCUGGUGGUGCAGAAGGCUACUAUUCUGCUGACGAUCGGCUGUGCUUCUUCAAGCAGCUACUGCGCGGCGUCGAUUAUCUACACAGCCAUGGCAUUGCUCACCGCGAUAUCAAGCUAGAGAAUCUGCUACUUCACAAAGACGGCCAUCUCAAGAUUUCCGAUUUUGGUGUCGCAGAAGUGUACAGUGGAGAGCAUCCGGGGCUACGUGCAGCUCAAGGGGAAUGUGGAAAGAACAUGACAGACGUCCGUCUCUCGGCACCAGGCAUUUGCGGCAGUCUGCCCUACAUCGCACCAGAAGUCCUUGAGAAGAGCGGAGAGUAUGAUCCUCGCCCGCUCGAUGUUUGGUCUUGCGCCAUCGUCUACCUCACCAUGACCUUUGGAGGUUGCCCGUGGCAGGCUGCAAAGCCUGAAUUCGAAUACUAUGCGCGCUUCAAGAAGGGUUGGGAUGAGUGGCUGCCGGAGCAUCCUGACGGCAAGAUUUUCGAUGGCGUCGACGGGCACCCCAAAUGUGGCAAGCUUUUCAGCUUGAUCAAUCCCCCAGCAGUUAAACGGCUGAUGUUGAAGAUGCUUCAUCCCAACCCCGCUAUGCGCAUCACGAUCCGCGAAGCCUUGGACACUCACUUUAUGAGAAAUGUCAACUGCUGUUGCCCAGAAAACUACGAGGAUCCCAAGUGCUGCGUGGAUGCAUCCAAGGGGACCAAAGGCAUCAAAGCUGCUCCUACGAAGAAGUACCUUCACCACCACAUACCACCCAAAGCCGAGAGUAAGCUCGGGAGGGCGCUCACGCAUCGCUUCGAUAUGGGCGAUGGAUGGCAGUGA